CUGUCAGAGUGGUCAGAAUAAAAAUGGAAUAAAAAAUAAUAUAACGUAAAUGUAUUGAGUUUAUUUUUAUAUAUAUAUGUGCAAAAAAAAAAAAUAAUCUUAGAUAUUUGGGGUACGUUCAUUUGAAAUAAUAAUAAAAAAUAAAUAAAAUAUAUCAACGACACACACAAAACUAACAUGGCGAUGAAACACACAAAUUGCAUGUGAUAUUUUUUACAUCUUGCAAAUAAAAUAUUAAAAUAAUAAAUAAUAAAGUUAUUUAUAAUUAAAUUGUUAUCGUCAAGUGAUUAACAUAUUGUUGUUGUUUAUAAAAAAAAAAUUAUUGUUAUUUAUUUUGAUUUUGUGUGUGUGAAAUUAUUCGCCGACAAUUGUAAACAGUUUCGAAACCGGAGGGUCUCAUUUCGAAAUUUCUAAUAAACAAAAAAAAACAAAAUAAUUAACAAUACAAUUGUUUAAAGUGUAAAUAAUAGUUUAUUAUUUUGUUUAUAUUUUUUUUUAUUCCAUUGUUGGAAUAAUAACCUGAAAUUUCCAUACAAGGUAUGUUUCAGGUGUGGAGUAAUAAUCGCUAUCCUCGAAAUAAUAGUUGCCAGGCCAGAUUUCACACAUUUAAAACAGUUCGUGAUACAAGUCAAGAACAAACAACUGAAACAAUGAGUUCUGGAAGACCAAUAAAGUGUGUUGUUGUUGGUGAUGGUACAGUUGGUAAAACUUGUAUGUUGAUAUCAUAUACAACUGAUAGUUUUCCUGGUGAAUAUGUGCCUACAGUAUUUGAUAAUUAUUCAGCACCAAUGGUUGUCGAUGGUAUACCAGUUAGUUUAGGUCUUUGGGAUACAGCUGGACAAGAAGAUUAUGAUAGAUUACGUCCAUUAUCAUAUCCACAAACAGAUGUAUUUUUAAUUUGUUUUUCUGUAACAAGUCCAUCAUCAUUUGAAAAUGUUACAAGUAAAUGGUAUCCAGAAAUAAAACAUCAUUGUCCAGAUGCACCAAUGAUACUUGUUGGUACUAAAAUUGAUUUACGAGAUGAUAGAGAAACAUUAACAGCAUUAGCUGAACAAGGAUUAAGUGCUAUUAAACGUGAACAAGGACAAAAAUUAGCAAAUAAAAUACGUGCUGUUAAAUACAUGGAAUGUUCAGCUUUAACGCAACGUGGAUUAAAACAAGUUUUUGAUGAAGCUGUUCGUGCUGUUUUACGACCUGAACCACAAAAACGUAGACAACGACGAUGCAUUCUACUAUAAGGUACAUGAUUUUAUAAACAAAAAAAAAAAAAACAAAUACACAAUGAAAAUCAAUUCAACAUAAAUUUCAAUUAAGGCAUACAAUUAUAGAAAAUAUAAAUAUAUAGACAAAAAAAUAAAAAUCAUUUAUAAUUGCCAUUUAAAGAACUGUAAUUACGUUUACUGAUAAAAAAAUAAUAAUAAUAUUAAUAAAACAUCAUGAAUUAUUUAAUGAUAUUAGCACCGUGAUUAUCAUAGUUCAAAAAAAAAAUUUUAAUUGGCAUAUAAUUUUUUUUUCUAUAUGAUUUUCUUUUUUUUUUUUGCCAAAUAGAAUCUCAAUUUUUUUAUAGUAAUAAUUGCUAUAAUUAAUUAAAAAAAUAAACAUAAUUAUUGAGUAAAUUAAGUCAUUGAAAGUUUAGAUGAAUAUAGGAUCAGUUGAGUUCAAUAGAAAAAUAUAAAUUAAUAAUUAAUAACAAGCACAUGAACCGACUGAACUUGAAACAGUUGUCAAUUUAAUAAAAAGCUCCAUUUUUUUAUUGACUAUAUUUUGUCUUUUUUAUCAUUUCGUAUACAACGAUUGUAGUAAUUUUUGAAACAAUUAACUUUUAUAAUAAUUUAACAAUGGCCAUUAAUUAUGUGCGUCGGAUAAACAGUUUUAAUUUUUGUUUAUCUGUAAAAUGUGCCAUUUAAAAAAUUUUUAUAAAUUUGGCCAAUAUCCAACGUACAUUAAUAAUUAUUUUAUUGAAUUUAAUACCAGUUAUAAGAAGACUGUAUUCGUGUGAGCAUAACUGCCAUAUGUACAUUAGUAGAUAAAAUUUAAAAAAGACGAGUUUUUUUUUUUUUUUUAAAUAUAAUAGUUAUGGUUUUAAUUCCUAGCUAAAAAUAAAAGGAUAUUGAAAAAAAAAAAAGAAAAAAAUUACCUCGAAAAGUUGAAGAAUUUUUCUAUUUUAAUUGACGCACGCGAAUUUAAAAUAUAGUGGUUGCUUUGAAUGGUUACUAAUCCAAAUAUAUAUAUAUAAAUCUUGAUAUUUUUAUCGGGAUAAUAUGAAAUAUAUAAAAUCAAAAAGAAAAAUAGAAUUAAUAAAAAAAAAAAAUCAACGAUUGGCAGACGCAAGUUGGAUAAUGAGAGAGCAUUAAAGUCAACAUAAAAAAUAAAUAUAAUUUACUUAAAUAAAAAUGAAAAUAAUAACUUGAUUGAAUUAAAAAAACAACGAUUAUAAUUAAUAUAUUUAAAAUGUUUUUAUAAUUGCAUUUAAUAGUUUUUUUGUAUCUAGUAAAAUGGGAUAGGAAUUAGAAUUCCUUUUGUUUUUUUUUUUUUGUAUUUACUCAUCAUCCACUUGGUCUUCUCUAUGCAAGCUCAGGCAUUACAAGUACAUAAAUAUUGUAAUGAUUUAAAGAAUGAAAAUAAUGAAUUUAAAAAGAAAAAAAAAAUGAUAAUU